AUGCCGCAACUCGCCUCCACCUACCGCGCUGCCUCCGAAGACGUCCCCACCUCCCAAUGGUUCCUCGACCACGACUUCCACCUUUCCUUCCUCCACCUACCCGGCAACAAAAUUGCCGGAUACGGUCAGACCUCCCAACGCCAAUACGUUGGGUGGCUCCUUCUCCAACCCAACCCGGAGUUGCGCAACGUCCUGGAAUGGCGAUUCCAGGACGUCCCGCCCGCCUUUCAUGCCUGGGCCAUCUACGGCGAGUCGGUCGUCACCCUCACCCAUCUCCAGACCCUCAACUGGGACGUCGGCGAGCUCACCGACCCGUCUGGCCAACGACGGGCCUACGACACCAUCUCCCAGCUGCAGGCCAUGAUGAUCGCCAUGUCCGACCACACCUUAAAUAUUGUUUGCACCCCCCAUCAUCUUUUCCUCAUCGCUGACCUCGUCAAUCACAUAGAGCAGGUUGACCGCGAACACGAGCGGACCUGGCUGGAGCGCGUCAUCGCCAACAAUGACAGCCAAGCCGCCUCACCUAUCCCCCCCACCCCGCCUCUGCCCGCCCUGGAAUGGGGAAACCCGGCCGACGUCUCCGGGUGGGGCGACACCAACGUCGACUGGAGCAACACUAACUGGGGGAAUGUCCCCAUGGACGAGGCCGACAUGGAGUGGUCCCCCCCUGUACAACCUCCAUGGCGCUCCCCUCCACCCCGCGACUCCCCCUCCCCAACACCGCAGCAUCUCUGCCCAAUGCCCGCUCGCCUACGCUCCGGCGUGCCACCUCCAACCCGUACGCGCCCUUCUCCCCGCUCUCCCAGCCCCACCCCCCGCUCCCUAAGCCCCGUCGAUGAGAACGAACCCCACUUUGCCAUGGUUGUCGACCCCGCGUCGCCCCUGGAGUGGCCAACCUCGGCCGUCUGA